AUGAGUUUGAUGGCAAUGUUGGUAGAUUACGUUACAGAGAUUGAAGAAAAGUUACCAAUGUUUAUCCAGAAACGACUGUACCAGCCACGCCUAGUAGAGAAACCUAACACACCUAUACCACGGUAAGAUAGUAAGAUGCUGCUUUCUGACGAUCAUUAUGAGUGGCAAUUGGCAUGCUAGUUAGUCCAUGUCUCUUUCACCUCGGCGCCGCUCAGAAUUACUGAAAGGAGGAGAAAUUCAGAAUCUUUUAUUUUCUUAAAAAUACACCUGGUUUCUGAGCUAUGAUUCCUGGACACGAAUAGCGCCUUUCGUGUACAAGUUUAUCCGGCCACCAAUUUAUUAGUGACAAAAAACGUUGCGAAACUAUAGAAUUGACGACGUGUGUUAGGAAAUGUUAGGUCACAGAAUAAAGACAUACAGAAGUGUAUCUUCUUAUUAAAAGUGCGUAAGGGAUUUUUUCAGUCCGCUAUGUUCUUAGCAAGUGCCCUAAAGAAAACCUAAUAUGAAAAUUUAAUAUUCCAGGGGGGUGAAUGUCUCUCUUUAGGACACUCGCUAAGAACAUGGCCGCCAGCUAUUUCGGUAAAAAGCGCCUUACGGUUUUGUAAUGGAAGUUACACUUCUGUAUGUCUUUAUUCUGUGGUUAGGUACCUGAAUGUUCUCGAAGCACAAAUUAGUCCCCACCUAAUCGUCACAUUACAAUGUAUGAAUGUAAAACGGUUUAUUCUUUGCUUCCAGGAAAGUUAAAAUUUUCAAACGGUUGCUAUGGGAGAUCACAGGUGAUCCAAGCUGUGAAUCACAACAAGCAGUUCAAGAGGUGCUCAAGAAUCGUUUCCAGAAAGCGAAGUUUGAAGAUUCUCAGAAGAUCUCUCGUAUCGAAGCAAGGCUCAAUGAACAACAACGUGCCAUCAAGCAACUAAAGAAGCUGGCACAGUCUCAGACUAAAUUGUUGCAAGACCUGACCGCGAGCCUGGGUUUAGGGACUGGGAACGAACAAAACGCGACAAUUAUCGAUGGACUGAGUACUGAGUAUGGAUUUCGUAGCAGACACACGUGGCUACACUGA